GCGGCCUACCGCGAAGUUUAAAUAAGCGCCAGCUGUUUAUUGAGUCCUAUCGACCGGUUCACGCGUAGGCUCGGCACAAUCUGCCCUACAAGAUGCCUUGAAACGAUGAGCCAUUAUACUUGAUGUCGAUCAUGAGCACUGUUUGGAAAGCGGAUAAUUGCGCCUACCACCAAUUCCAUGUCGGACUCUUGUGUAUAAUUAACGAUAUUGUACGUCAGGGUGGGAAAAAAUAAAGUAAAAUAAAAAGUUGGGAUCUCCGGCUUGAACAAACACAUAGUACAUCCCGCGAAAAACACCAAGUCAUGGAGAGCCAAAAUGGUGAUAUGCCGCAUAUAGGUAUCGUUGGGGCGGGUGCUUCCGGGCUUCGAUGCGCAGAUAUCCUCCUAUCUCACGGUUUCAAAGUAACUAUUCUUGAGGCGCGGGAUAGGAUCGGUGGAAGAAUUUGCCGGUCAGAUGAGUUGGGCUACGCCGUCGACAUGAAUAGGGGCCCGAAUUGGGUUCAUACUUGGGAUAGCGGUGACGUGCAUCCGAUCCUGAAGCUAGCAGCAGAGACUAAGAUGCCUCUUCACCACUGGAACGACUCGAACGGGAACAUUGUCCCAGAUGAGAAGACAGAAAGGCUUUCCACUCUCCUAUGGGAGAUAAUCAAGAAAGCUUUCAAGGCCAGCGAAGCAGCCAGGGAGAAAGACAAGGGGGGAGAGCAUCCCACGGGAAGAAUCCCUAUAUGACUUCGUUAAGAGGUCCGUUGCAGAGGAACUAGAAGAUGAAGGAGACCGGCAAACUCUCACCCAGAUGAGCGAGAUGUGUGGAAGC